UACAUCCUAUGGGCUGAUUCAAACCCUGUAUGGGCCCUGGCUGUAGCAGUGAGAAGAACUAGUAUCCCCUCCAGCCAUGAGUGUAGAGGACGCAGAGGGUGAGAAGGAACCCAUGGAGGGGGAUAACAUAGGGGGCACCCCCUUUAACCCUUUCCUUCACGAAUUCGACCCGGAAGGCUUCUGGCAGAAAUUUAGGUUCUACGUCCUAGGUGUGAUUCUCUUCCCUUUGCGUUUUCUGCUGGCAUCCAUCUUCCUCUUUCUUAUGUGGCCAAUUGCUGCAUUAAGAGUAGCUGGGCUCACAGAAGAAGAGCUUAGUCGAUCAAUUCGUCACCGUCGCACCAUCCUACAUCACCUGAUUUACCUUCUGAGCCGCACUAUGUUCUUCAUGUGUGGCUUCCACUGGAUCACCAUCCGUGGCCGUCGCGCACCCAGCUCUGAGGCCCCACUUCUGGUUGUAGCUCCUCACUCCACUUUCUUUGAUCCCAUUGUUACUGUGGUCUGUGACCUCCCAUCCGUUGUGUCCAGAGUGGAGAACCUCAAGAUCCCAGUGAUUGGAGCUCUGCUUCGAUUUAAUCAGUCCAUUAUGGUGUCCAGACAUGAUCGUGCCUCACGGAAAAAAGUGGUGGAGGAGGUGAAGAGAAGAGCCACAUCGAAUGGGAACUGGCCUCAGCUGCUGUUUUUUCCUGAAGGAACUAAUGGUAAUGGACAGGUGUUGCUGAAGUUUAAGCCAGGUGCCUUUGUGGCUGGAGUGCCUGUCCAACCAGUGCUUAUGAGAUAUCCUAACAAAUUGCCUGCAACAGUUUGGACAUGGAAAGGGAAUGGAGUACUUAAGGUUCUCUGGCUCACUAUGUCUCAGUUCUUCAUCAACCUGGAAAUAGAGUUCCUUCCUGUUUAUAACCCAUCACCUGACGAGAAGGCAGACCCUGUACUUUAUGCCAACAAUGUGCAGAAGAUAAUGGCCGAAGCACUUGGUAAACCAGCAACAGAAUUUGAAUUAAUGGGUGAUACACCUGUAACUCCCAUUGGGCACCUGAAGGUGGCAGUGGAUCCCAAGAUCUGGGAAAUCGGUAAAAUCCUCAAGAAAGCUGGGUUCUCCUUUGACAGCGUGCAAGGCCUGAUAGAUCUCUGCCUGGAAGGAGUGUGCUCUCGUGUGGGAUUGGAUGAGCUGGCAGAGAAGUUGGACAUAAGGCAGAGUGAUGUUAUCUCUCGUGUAUUCAGCUACUUUAACAAGGAUGCUGCAGGAAUGAUUGAUUUUCGGGAGGUCUCCUUGGUACUGGCUGCCCAGGACGCCACACGUUCUGCAGAAGAACUGGCAAAGCUUGCAUUUGAUCUGUUUGCUGUCUGUGAUUCUGAUGGAUGCUUCCUCCUGUCUUCUGAUGGAUUCUCCUCAAUCCUGCGCUCUCUCCUUGGCACUCCCCCUGCAGACAGUGGCAAGGUGUACACAGAAUUGUUGACCCAUACAGAGCCAUGUGGUUUGACCUGUGAUGGAUUCCUGAGGUUUGCCAUGCACCACCAUUGUUACCAUCAUCUCUUCCUCUUCUACCUUCGCCCUCCAGCUGCAGGACGCCGAAAGCCACCACGCAGCCAGCAAAAUGGGGGGAGUGCCGGGAAAUAUAAUCCCGGAAACCAACGCAAGUUGGAUUGACCUAGGGAGGGAGGGGGGGGAUAUUUUAAUGGGAAACUGGGGAUGAGGGGGAAGGGUAAGACUCCAAAAAAAGGUGUUGAACAAUUGCUUUUUCGCAGGUUUACUGUAAUGAAUUCAGGACAGACCUGCCCACAGCAAAGUGGUCUUCUACAGACUUCCCAGCAUAUAGUAUGAAUGAAAACCAAUAAACUGGGUGUAGUGAAGAGGGUUCUCUAUAGUGGGGUGGUUUAUGCAGAUUUUAACAAGUUUGGUUAAGCAGCAAUAUUCUGCAUGUUUUAUUAUGAAAGGAAAGAUGGUUAAAUGUGCUUUUAUGGGGAAAUGCACUGAAGUUUGUAUAUUAAGAGGUUGCUCUGCAGAUUCUAUGAUAACAGAGCAAUGUCCUGCAUAGUAGUUGCAGGUGCAGGUUGGGGAGGAUGAUGACACCCCAAAUAUAUCAGCUCUCAGGGAAACAGCCUCCCCUUCCCCCAGAAAAUUUUACAUUUGUACCUUAUUUGGAUAUUUUGUGUCUGACAGGUCCCUGUGUAUUGGCACUAUCGUUAGUGCGCUGAAUGAUUAUUUUUAAUAAAAAAAAUAAAAUAAAGUUAUGCCAUGUCUUA